UUUUGGCCCUUUCCAGCCCCUGGGCCGCCCCCUGCAUUCUGGAAUCCAGCAGCCUCUGCCUUUGCUGGUCUGACUCUGUGGCUGGCCAGCCAGGCAUCCUCUCUCCUACCCUCCUCCUGUGCCACUUAGCUCCCCGGUCCAGCUGUUCCUCUCACCAUGAUCACAGCGCUCCGCAAGAUCCUGGCCCAUCUCUGAGCCCUGGAACCCUCAGACUCUUCCCUAGGCCAUGGCCAACUCAGGCCUCCAGCUCCUGGGUUACUUCCUAGCCCUGGGUGGCUGGAUAGGCAUCAUCGCCAGCACUGCCCUGCCGCAGUGGAAGCAGUCCUCCUAUGCCGGCGAUGCCAUCAUCACUGCCGUGGGCCUCUACGAAGGGCUGUGGAUGUCUUGCGCCUCUCAGAGCACCGGGCAGGUCCAAUGCAAGCUCUAUGAUUCGCUUCUGGCCUUGGACGGUCAUAUCCAGUCAGCCAGAGCCCUGAUGGUGGUGGCAGUGCUCCUGGGCUUUGUGGCUAUGGUGCUCAGUGUCGUGGGCAUGAAGUGUACUCGGGUUGGAGACAGUAACCCCAUUGCCAAGGGCCGUGUGGCCAUCUCCGGGGGUGCCCUCUUCCUCUUGGCGGGUCUCUGUACUUUGACUGCUGUCUCAUGGUAUGCUACUCUGGUGACCCAGGAAUUCUUCAACCCCAGCACACCUGUCAAUGCCAGGUAUGAAUUUGGCCCAGCUCUGUUCGUCGGCUGGGCCUCUGCUGGCCUGGCCAUGCUGGGGGGCUCCCUUCUUUGCUGCACAUGCCCAGAGCCUGAGAGAGCCAACAGCAUUCCACAACCCUACCGCUCUGGACCCUCAACUGCUGCCCGAGAACCUGUUGUUAAAAUGCCCGCCUCCAUCAAGGGCCCCCUGGGUGUGUAAAGUCCGGGUUCCCAGCCAGGCCCUCCCCACUACCACAUCUAGACUGUUUUUGGUAUUUUUUGGAAAGAAAAGUGAACAUUCAGCCCCAAGUGUGACGUUAUUAUAUCUGUUGCCACGCGCCUAGGGUGGGGCCUGGACUAGAGAGGUCAGAGCCAACUCCCAGGACUAUUGAGGUGUGUUCCAGGACACAGGCAGAGCAAGCAGGAAGCACUUAGGGGUCCUACUCUGUAUCUCUGCCUGCCCUGCCUUGGAGUUUGGUACCAAGACUUGCAUGAGGGGAAAACACAGCCACUCCUAGCGGCCACCUAAAGCCUGGCCUAGUAAGAGUGCAGGAUCUCAGUGUGAGGGUACCCCUGGCAUGGAGACCAUCCCAUUAGUAGAAUGUUCCAGGUCCUCCUUGAGAGCCCUCUUGAGGAAAAGGACAGUCUCUGUAAGACCCAACUAGGGACUAGGUCACAGCCAAGUGAGAGAACACUGUAGGAGUUCCCUCAGUGAAGAAGGGCAUGGAGAGGGACAUCACAUCAGGACUGUCCUGUGCCAACUCCAGAGCCCUCAGCCUAGCUCUCACCCUAAUCCUACAGAGCUUUUUUGCCCUGAAGUGCAGCCAGGGGACAGGGCUUUGGGUCCUGAAGUCCAGGUAUGACCUUCUAGAAGAAGUAAAGUCCUCGGAGGAACUGAGGGAAACAAAAGAUCAGCAAAGGGCUAGCAUUCUCCUUCACCCUCAGUGCCCCAUUCAGAGUGUGCUGGACCCUGCCUUCACUCUCAGGCUUCUGUCACUCAAGCCUCUCCCUGAACUCCAGGUCUGUCCCUUCCUGGGAAGAGGCGUCUUUCUCUUGCUUCCCACAUGCCUUCCCAGCUAGUCAGCUAGCACCGGCUUUUUCCACUUCUAGUCUGUGACCACGUCUCCCCAGAGCCUUGCUCAGAUUCUAGUUCAAGACUGACUGUGCAAUCUUGAGAGGCAAAGACCAAAACACUGUAGCCGACGGUGGAGUCGGGGGAGGGAAGCAGGUGCCAGAGAGCUGCUAUGGUCAGAUAAUGACAAACCUGCUAAAUUGCCGAUCAAUUAAUCUUCUGAUUGACGGCAACUGUCAGCCCCCAUGGAUGCCUCUUAUCCUAAACAGGUUUCCGGAGUGAGGCCCCUUGAGCUGUGAGGUCCUCAGGAGAGUCCUCUCUGGGUGCCUGAAGCCACAUUGGAGUCACUUAGAAGUGGAUGCCCAGCCUCCACCCAGACACAAAGACUUGAUGUGGUGGACCCCGGCAUCAGAAUCCAUGCAGUUCCUUUGCAGUGUGUAGUUCAUAGUAAGGGUACCUCCUUGAGAUCUACACUCAGACCAUCUGAGUGAUCUGUAGAGGGCGGAAGGAACCUACCAGAAGAUGGUGGGGGAGAGGCAAGACUAGAAAGGAAAUCUCAUCCACCUCCUGCCUUUCCGGAGUCCAGACCCCUGGAGGAGACGCCCACAUCCUUCCCAUCACUGUUCCUUUGUGCUUAAUGAUUUUGACUUUGAAUCCUGUCACAUGCAUCCCGACUAACAGAGUUUGAAACCUAAGAACCGAGUGAGACACAGAUGUCCCCUCCCCAGGUCUGGUAUUCAGCAGGCCUUGGCAUUUGGUUGUGACAUUGUCAGGGAGCUUUGUGUCCCCUCUUAAGAGUCUAAGGGCUAAGAGGCUCCAAUCUUGGUGGGGGAAUGUGGAGGCAGACUGUACCGGCUACAUGGGGGGUUUGUCAGGGGCAGGCUGUGAGAGAAGAGAGCUCCAUGCAGGCCCUGGCAGUGGAGUGGCAUUAUCUGUUCCUGCAUUAAAGGAAGCCCGUUCUACCAGACUGGGGACUGGAAGGGCAGAGGGUCACACAACUUAAUGAACUAUGCAACCAAUUUAUACACCGAUUAAAACCAUGAGGUACUGGGGGUGGGUAGGCAGUGUGUAGGAGAAACUGAAGGAGUGUAAAGCUAAAAGUUUAGGGAAUGAGAUCUCUCAGGCAUCUCCUGAAGCGACCCCAUUCAAAUGUCUACACUAAGGCCAGAGGCUUUGUGUCCAGUCUGCUGUUUACUGUUCUGAUCUCAAGGCUGAGGGAUCCGGCAGAGACUGGGGAGGAUGAGCUCAGAUACAAAAGGGGUGGUUCUAAAGCUGUUGCUAUUGUGUGUUAGUAAACAGAGUCCCAGAAGUUAUACAUUUAAGGACCAUACCUAUGCGUUCAGUUCCUGAAGUCCCAGAUCCUGGGAGAACAGAUCAGGAAGUUAUAGGCUGAGAAGCUUGAAAAACAAGAAUAUGACAGAUGGCUACGAGACAAUUUCAAGACAUUACUUUUGUGCUACACAAUACUGUCCCUUUGUGUGACAACAACACUGAGUGUAGGCUUUUUUUUUUUUUUUUGAUUCUUAUCUGAUAGAGGUGAAACAAUGGCUGGAUUUGCUUUAAUGUCUCUUAGAACAAGUUCAUGGGUAAGGAAAGCUGUGGCAUUGAGAAGUGCCAUCCCUGACGGGGUCCACUCUACCCCUCUCUUUGUACGUUUGCUAAUGAAACCAAAUAAGAAAUAAAAAGUUUGA